AUGUCUACAUCAACAUUAUUAUUUUCCGUUCAACAACAUCUAUUUCAAAUUGGUGGUCCCAUAUUAUUAUUUAUUGGUGUUAUGAGCUGUAUACCAAAUUUGUUAGUACUAAAAACUAUUAACCUACGAAAAAGUCCAUGCACAAUAUGUUUAGUUGCUGUUAAUAUUGUCAAUUUUGCCUAUUUAUUUGUCGGUUUACUUUAUACGAUGCUUACACUCGGUUAUAAUAUCGAUCCUACUACAAGCAACAUUGUUUUCUGUCGAGUUCAUUUUUAUAUAACGUAUAUUCUUACAUGCUGUGAACCAUAUUGUCUUAUUUUGGCAUCCAUCGACCGUGUAUUAAUUACCUCACCAAAUGCUGGAACACGAAGACUUAGUACACGUCGAUUAAUGGUUAUAAGCAUAAUUUUUAUAUGUUCAUUUUGGAUGGUGUUUCAUAUUCAUGCAUUGAUUUUCACACAAAUUAUACAAUAUGGAAUUAACUAUUUUGUUUGUAUCUAUCAAUCAGGUGAAUACGCUACAUUCAUAACAUAUUAUUUACUUGUUGUUACUGGAUGCUUUCCACCUGCACUCAUGGGAAUAUUUGGCUGUUGGACAGUGAAGAAUAUUCGUCAAAUAAGUCGUGUAAAACAUAAUGUUGGUACAAGAGGUACUGGAACUGUAGUGGUUGGUAGAUCACAUACUCUUCAGUCCAAAGAUCAACAACUUAUACGAAUGUUAAUUAUUGAUAUAAUUAGCUAUAUUAUUUGUAAGUAUCCAACUACAAUCAUGCUCAUCUACCAACAAGUCACACAAUAUGAGGAUAAAAGUGCUGAGCGGCAACAAAUUGAACAAUCAAUUGUUACACUGACAUACUUUCUGUACUGUGUAGAAAAUUGUAUUGGUUGUUAUACAAAUAUGCUAGCGUCGAAGACAUUCCGUGCAGAACUGAAACGUAUUUUUUAA